CAGCCAGUUGAAACGACGGUUAACAUACACUCUUCUCUUCACCCUUCCUUUCUGAACUGUAAUGUCCUCGACCAACUGAUUCUCAUUUCCUCUCUCUCAGUUUUUUUUAUACUUCUGCAAAAUCUUAUCUGUUUGAAUUGUUCUUUUUACGAAGAAGACUCUCUGUGAGGAGUUCUGGUGGUGUCGUCGUCUCAAUUUUAGAGAAGAAAAAUGGCAGAGGAGCCAAAGAAGAUAGAGUCCGAGACACCGACUGAGCCUCCGUCGAAUCCGGCACCCGAACCCGUCGAAGCUCCCAAAGAUGCGCCCGAAGAGAAAUCUGUGAUUCCUCCUCCUGAAGAGAAGCGCGAUGAUGAGUCCAAAGCACUUGUUUUAGUCGAAAAGGCCCCGGAACCAACCGAGGUAAAAACCACUGAGGGCUCUGUUAAUCGAGAUGCUGUGCUUGCUAGAGUGGAAACAGAGAAGAGGGAAUCACUGAUCAAAGCUUGGGAGGAGAGUGAAAAAUCAAAAGCAGAAAACAAAGCACAUAAGAAACUUUCUGCGAUUGAAGCUUGGGAAAACAGCCAGAAAGCAUCUAUUGAGGCUGAGCUCAAAAAGAUUGAGGAGAAGUUAGAGAAGCAGAAAGCAGAGUACAUGGAGAAGAUGAAGAACAAAGUAGCCCUGAUUCACAAGUCUGCCGAAGAGAAGAGGGCGAUGAUUGAAGCUAAGCGCGGCGAAGAUUUUCUAAAGGCAGAAGAGACAGCUGCAAAAUACCGUGCCACAGGGAGUGCACCGAAGAAGCUCAUCCUUGGUUGCUUCUGAGUCUACAAGACAACCCUCAAAGAAAAUUUCAUGUAUUUGUAUAUUUCUCCAUUUCAGGCUAUUCCAAUUCGUUGUUUGUUCUGUUUGUUUAUGUGGUGAAGUGGGUCAGUUAUCAUUAUUGUGUGUGUAUAGUGUAUAUUAUUGUCAUAUCUUUGCCAUUUGGGUAAAAACUUUUUAACUUAUUGAAUUUGUAAGAAACCAUUUGUGUCAACACUUUAGCUUGAAAUUAUGUACAGCAAACAAAGAUGAAAACUUUAUACGCGGAUU